AUGGGAAGGAAGAAAGCUACCGAGAGAUCUCGUUACGGCUCUUUCGCCAGACUAAGUAAGCCGCUAUCCAAGCCUUCGAUCUGCCUGUGGCUCUUGUCAGGCAGAAAGUGCUUAAUCAACACGUCCUCCGACAGCGAGAACGACCGGACUGCCGCCGCCAUAAACUUUGACGACGACGAGGAGGACAUCUGCCGAGCCUACUACAUCUCCAAGCCCACCGACAUCUCGCCGCGGUUGACCUGGCCGCCGCCGCACGUCAUCCGUGCUUCCGAGCGUUUCUUCGUGCCCCCCACCGCGGCCAGCUCCCUCGUGGAGGAAGUCCGGGCUAGCUCCACCAGUCAAUCCGACAUGGUCAGCGUCGACAGCACCGCAGUCAUCACGUUCUCCAAGGAUCCCUGCCAUGAUUUCCUGAUAUCAAUGCAGGAGAUGAUGGAGGCGCACAAUGCGGGGGGCGCGGAUGACCAGUUGGAUUGGGAGUUUAUGGAGCAGCUUCUCCUCUGCUAUCUGGAGCUCAACGAACAGAGCGUCCACAAGGACAUUCUCAGGGCCUUCACCGAUCUGACCGCGGCUUUUCGUCGCGUGAUGCUGUAG